AUGUUACAACAGAUUUCCUCGUUGUCGGCCUUUUCCUUGCUGUUACUCGGGACCCUGCCGGCCAGAGUUCUCGCAGACCAGAUCCUUCAGACCACCGGCUUCAGCACGUGUCUAGAGGGAUCAAGUAUCGAAGUCAAGAGUGCUGACGUCAAAUACAAUGCCGACAAGAAGCAAGUGACGUUCGAUGUCUCUGGCAUCAGCAAGACAUCCAUCAAUGUCACUGCCCAAUUAAACGUCACAGCAUACGGUAAUAAUGUAUACCACAAUAGCUUCAACCCGUGCGAAGCAAGCACAUACGUAGCACAGCUAUGCCCAGUACCUUCCGGUUCCUUCUCCGCCUCCGGAGUCCAGGCGAUCCCCCCCGAAUAUGCGUCCAUGAUCCCCUCGAUCGCCUUCUCCGUUCCAGAUAUCGCCGCCCAGGCAACACUCGAAUUGAAGGCCCUCGAUACCGGGAAGAACGUAGCCUGUGUGACAUCGCAAGUGUCUAAUGGCAAGAGCGUGAACACGCCGGCAGUCUCGUACAUCGCGGCCGGUAUUGCUGGAGCAGCUUUCCUCGUCACGGGGGCUUCCGCUCUAGGCGCUGCUGCGUCUGGAGGAAAUACGGGGGGCUCGGGAACCAUGAGCCCUUCAUUCACAGAGGUCUUCGGUGUUUUCCAGGGCUUUGCCAUGAAUGGUAUGCUCUCGGUCAACUAUCCUCCCGUCUACAGGAGCUUCACCAAGAACUUCGCGUUCAGCACUGGUCUCAUCCCAUGGAAACAGAUGCAGGUCUCGAUCGAUAACUUCCGAUCGGUUACCGGCGGAAACUUGACGGAAGACAGUGUCGAAUUCCUUCAGAAUGCCACCCUCGUCUACGGCUCGAAUGGCAAUGCCAAGCGAUCGAUGAUGUUGAUGCUCAGAGAUAUCUCCACAAGCGCUAACACGACUACUAACCCUGAGCCUACGGGUUCGACGUCCUCGAUUCAGUCCACAGUAUCCGGGAUUAAGGCUUAUGCUGAGCAACUGAGUGUGCCGCAAUCAAACACCUUUAUGACGGUGUUGCUGAUCGCUGCUUGCGUCAUUGCUGUUAUUGUUGUCGGUAUCCUGCUGUUCAAGGUCAUUUUGGAGACCUGGGCACUAUUCGCAUCGUUCCCUCAGAAACUCACUGGAUUCCGAGAGCAUUACUGGGGUACUAUGGCCCGCACCAUUGUCCAAUUGAUCCUGGUGUUGUAUGGUAUCUGGACUCUGUACUGCAUAUUCCAAUUUACCCAUGGAGACUCAUGGGCGGCCAAGCUCCUUGCUGGAGUCACCCUUGGGCUCUUUACGGGAGUGCUCGCUUUCUUCACCUUCAAGAUCUGGAACUGUGCACGACGUCUAAAGCAAUUUGACGGCGAUGCAUCUGGACUGUACGAGAAGAAGGAGAACUGGCUCAAAUACAGCAUCUUCUAUGAUAGCUACAAGAAGGAUUUCUGGUGGCUGUUUGUCCCGGUUAUCUUCUACAUGUUCGCCAAGGGAUGUGUUCUCGCAGCAGCUGAUGGACAUGGACUCACUCAAUCCAUUGCCCAGUUAAUUAUCGAAGCCUUGAUGCUGGCGCUGCUGGUCUGGAACCGACCCUUUGAGAGAAAAUCCGGAAAUGUGAUCAACAUCUUCAUCCAAGUCGUCCGAGUGCUUUCAGUCAUUUGCAUUCUUGUUUUUGUCGAGGAGCUUGGAAUUGCUCAAACGACCCAGACCGUCACCGGCGUUGUCCUUAUUGCCGUUCAAUCUGUCCUGACUGGCGUGCUUGGCAUACUAAUUGUUGUCAACGCUCUUAUCAUGAUGUGCAAGGAGAACCCUCACCGCAAGAGACGCAAGGAAGCUGAAAAACGCAACCGUGACCUCGACAACCUCACUCCUCUGGAUGCGCGAAACAGCCUCUUAAUGGAUCCUACUGAUCGUCCAAUGAACACUUCCUAUACCAACGACCAGAAGCUACCAUUAGUGGCGAACAGCGAUACCUCAAUGAGGGAAGCCGCAAACCCAUACGCACCCACUCAACACCGCUACCUCAACUCCACCUCAAGUCGAGAGGGCCUCGUCCGCGGAGCGGAGCCAUUUGGUGAUGCCCCACAGCACCCUACGCUUCCAAACGUCCAAGGGCCCGGGGGAUACCGAGGUCUUGCAUAUUAG